CAUCUCCGCCAGCGUUUUAUUAACUCUCUCUCCAGUCUCCAGUCUCCACCAGCUCGGUCUACUUCUUACGAGUCCCGACUGUCCGACUGAUGCUAGUUGAUACGGCUAUUGCUUUCCGGUGACUUCAAAGUCUUGCAGCCUGAAACUCCCCCGGCCCCCUAAGCCUCCGAUCAGCUAGGAGCAGCUUCUAUGGAGGCUUCACUCAGAGCACAGCGAACUGCGGCCCUCUUGAUCUUCGCAUUUCUCUCACUUCUUGCCGUCUCAUCCUCCGCCGCGCAGGAGAUCCAAAUUCUCAAUGCCGAGCGUCGGAUUGACUUGAGUUCACAGAUUGCCAUCGUAUUCUUGACUCUUAAGGUUGAGAACACCGGAAAGGCUGCUGCUUCUGAGGUUCUUCUUUCAUUUCCUCCCACUGAGGCCGACCAUCUGGCUGAAGUGAAGGCACAAGCGGCCUCGGGAAAGAAAAGGAAGAAAACACAUGUUCCUCUCGAUGUAAAGCCAACAGAUGUACCUGACGCACCAAAAGGCGCUAAGUGUUUCCGAAUAGCGUUGCUUAAUCCUCUAAGCCCAGGUGAAACAUCAACCAUUGAAGUUCUGUAUAUGUUGACCCAUUCUAUGGAACCUUUCCCUGCGGAGAUAAGUCAAUCAGAACCACAGUUGGUAUACUAUCGCGAUAGUGCAUAUAUACUGUCACCGUAUCGUAUUAAGCAGCAGACAACUUUCAUCAAGACACCAAGCACAAAUGUGCUAUCAUUCUCUAGAGUGGAACCAACUAAUAGAGCUGGUAUGGAACUCAAAUAUGGACCCUAUGAAGAUCGCCCUGCAUACUCGUUCUCUCCAGUUCUCGUUCAUUUUGAGAAUAACAACCCAUUUGCUGUUGUUGAGGAGCUUGUUCGUGAAGUGGAAAUCUCACAUUGGGGAAACCUUCAGAUAACUGAACACUAUACAUUAGCUCAUGGUGGCGCUAAACUUAAAGGCGUGUUUUCUAGGGUUGAUUAUCAAUCUAGGCCAGGUGCUAGUGGUGUAUCUUCAUUCAAGAACCUUCUAGCAAGACUGCCGGCUAGGGUGCACUCCGUAUAUUAUCGAGAUGAAAUAGGAAACAUUUCAUCCUCACGCCUUCGUACAGAUUCUCGCAAGUCCGAACUUGAAAUUGAACCUCGGUAUCCAUUGUUUGGGGGAUGGAAAUCCACAUUUGUGAUUGGAUAUGGCCUUCCGUUGGAAGAUUUCCUCUUUGAGUCCACUGAUGGCAAGAGAUAUCUCAACUUUACCUUUGGCUGCCCUCUUUCUGGGACUGUUGUGGACAAGUUAACUGUGAAGGUUGUGUUGCCAGAGGGAUCCAAAGAUCCUUCUGCUGUCGUUCCUUUUCCAGUAGAGCAACAUAUGGAGACAAAGUACUCAUAUCUUGAUGUUGUCGGAAGGCCUGUCCUGGUUUUAGAGAAGAAGAAUGUAGUUCCGGAGCACAACACACUUUUUCAGGUGUAUUAUAGCUUUAACCCAGUCUUCAUGCUAGCAGAGCCACUGAUGUUGGUCUCUACAGUUUUCUUCCUGUUUGCGGCUUGUGUAGCUUACCUGCAUAUUGAUGUUUCAAUACGCAAGCGAUAGAAAUCAGCUGUUUCUCCAAGGUCUCCUGCCACUCUGCACUGACAUCUUUGUUGUCCUAGUUCGACAGCGAUUAAUGUCAUAUCCAUGUAUCUCAUGCAGCUUGGUAGACGUCUGCUUGACUUGGCUACUGGCAAAGUUGGAGCAAUUCAGGCAUAGGACUCAUGCAUUUACUGCAGGUUCUUUCUGAAUUUUUGUAGAAUGUUUUCGGACGGUAAAGAACCUUGCAUUGAGAUUGUACUUCUGGAUCCUCAACCCGUUAGGGGACCGUCGAACUGUGGUUGUUUCAAUACGUGAGGUAUUAGGACAGCAAGGAAAGCACUCUUAUUAUAUAAUAUCACAGUUUAGCAAACUGCUUGCUCUGAAAAUUCUGUGGUUGGGACUUGGGAGUCCUGCUGAUGGUGGUUUUCAGUUUUGGGCAAUUCUAAUGUGAAGGAAGAAGUCAGAUUCUUGCUUGUGUUUUUUUUUAAUCACGAUCUUUAGAAGACGUCGAUAUACCUCAUCGAAUAUCAUGUGCGCAACAAUUUGGCUAUCCUGCUGACAAGGAUUACAUUUUUUAUCC